AUGGGAAUUGUCAUAGGACAACCUCAGACUCUCAACCGCCCUUACAACUACCUGGCCAGCUAUUGGGCCAGCAUGGCAGUUGUUCUAAUGCUAAACGUGAACUCCACCACUGUUGAUGUGACCCAAGACCACGGAGAAGCUGUUGGCUCUCCACUUCCACAUCCCCAUUCAGAUCCAAAUAUCACAACGCUUGAUAUUGUCAAAGUCGCUCUAUUGCUAUAUCAUUAUAUGUUUCAACGUAGCGGUCCUUAA